AUGUCUUGUCAAUCAUUUAUAAUUUUUGAUGAAUUUGAAAGCAAUAAAGAAAACAUCGAUCCUCUAACUGGAUUUUGCUCAAAUGUUUCACAUAAUCUCUCAAAUAAAUCAAAUAAAAAAAGGGUACCAUUAAGAGAUAUUACUCAUAAAACUUCAAAAUCUAGUAGUGAUAAUAAACCAAUGGCCACUUUUCUCCCACCUGCCUUCAAUUUAACUGUAAAACCUUCACCAAGAAAUAAUACUCCAGUUGAACCAACAAUUAGAUCAAUCAGAUAA